GAACAGCCCUAGAUCUCAUUUUUUAUCCACUACAGAUAGGGAAAUUCUGCCGAAAUCAGCACAGACAUCGCAAAGUAGCUGUAGACAAUUGUAAUUGUCAAGGUUAAGUUUACGACCAAGCUUCUUUGGUAUUACAGUAUUAUAGAACAGGCUCGCUCACAGACCAUGAAUUAUUUAACUCCACCGUUCAAUAGUAAUGCACUCGUUGGCCAGCUGGAACAUAUGGUCUACCCAAACCAGUAUCCGGGUGUCCCUGGUCAGAAGGUAUUUUGUGGAGAGAAGGAUGGAGGUCCCAAGCCACCUUCAUAAUACAAACGAACAACUCAAGGUCACCCGAAUUUCACCUUGAUGGAAAGGUGAAUAGCAAUGAGGUCAAAAGAUCCUUCUGUAUUAAAUACCGUAUGACAAGUGAUAGGAACAGACCUCCAUGGCCGAAAGGGAAGUACUGCAUCUACAAAAAAUAUCCGGGAUGCCCUGAAGGUUUAACAUCAGGUGAACUCUUCUGGGAUGAUCAAGACGGCUAUCAGAUUAACGAUGAUGGCGGAGUACUUCCCGAGGGCAGAUAUAACCACGACACAACUAUCAACUUUUGCUGCAGAACAGACGGUGAUAGAGAUGACCCAGUUCUUCUUCCGGUGAAAUCUCCAUUUUUUCUUCUGGCGUAUGAGUCGGCAAAGUGCCAGAUGGUCAAAUGGGCUGUUUCUACUGUGGAGUGGAUACAUUAUGAUACAGAAGAUUGGGACAACCAAGACGAAGCACUUGGUGCGUACCCUUACAACGCUGGAAAAAUUCAUCCCACCAUUUUUUAUUGUUACUACCGAGGGUGCAACGAAACUCUCACCUCAGUCAGCGGUACCUUCCAUUCACCAAAUUAUCCAAGAAAUUACCCCCAUGGCCAAUAUUGCUCUUGGAAAAUAAAGGUUAAUACAACCCUACGUAUUCGAUUGACGUUUAAAAACUUUAGUCUUCAGAUCGAGAAAAACACGGACCAGUUAUACGUUUAUGAUGGGGAGAAUGAAACAGGGAAGAUACUGGAUGUGUUUUAUGGGGAUCAUCCUCCCCCAAAGGAAGGAAUUUACUCUUCUUCCAACAGCUUAUUCGUGAUCUUCAAGUCAAACAAGAAUGAUUCUUUUGCCGGCUUCAGUGCUUACUAUGACACUAUUUAUGAUCCGGGGUGCAACGAAACUCUCACCUCAGUCAACGGUAUCUUCCGUUCACCAAAUUAUCCAAGAAAUUACCCCCAUGGCCAAUAUUGCUCUUGGAAAAUAAAGGUUAAUACAACCUUACGUAUUCGAUUGAUGUUCACAGACUUUAGUCUUCAGAUCGAGAAAAACACAGACCAGUUAUACGUUUAUGAUGGGGAGAAUGCAACAGGGAAGAUACUGGACGUAUUUUAUGGGGAUCAUCCUCCUCCAAAGGAAGGAAUUUACUCUUCUUCCAACAGCUUAUUCGUGAUCUUCAAGUCGGACAAGAACGACUCUUAUGCCGGCUUCAGUGCUUACUAUGACACUGUUGAUGAUCCGGAUGUGCACCUUUCCACAACACCAGCACCGAUGGUCAGCAAAAACCCGAAAUUGACACAGAAAUCAACAUCCAUUACCGCUAUACCAUCCGAGGAAAUUGAGCCAUGUAAUGAAAGAGAACAUCUGGGAGUCAAAGGUACGCAAGCUAAACGGGAACAGGCCACGAUCAAAAAAGACAUUGUGUAUGGAUCUGUGAUUGGAAUACUUGCCUUACUGCUGGUAGUAUCUUUAUUUUACCAAUGUAGAAAGAAACACAAACGUAAGUGAUUGCGUUGGAGUAUCAUGUCAAUCAGAAUUUUAGUGUGACCUCAAUGAAACUGCGAACAUUUACAACGUGAAAACCAUUUUCUACCUAUCGAGGGCUGAACUGAUCGCUUCAUUAUUCAUUCAUUGCAAUUAAAAUUUGGUUUGGAAUGAGAAGGAAGAAGUCUGCUGAAUUGAUGAUAAUAUCAAGACCCUUAUGGUGAAAAAUACACAUUAGAAAAUAUUGCUAAAGCCACUAUACCGCUCAGGUUUACAGUCCUCAUUUAUA